UUAAUCUUCAACGGCUCUCGGAAAUAUAGCCGUUACGGACUUUCCGAUUAGAGGAAUUGGGGUCAACUAAAACCCUAAAUUGCCUCACAAUGCUUUAACAUUAUAAAUUUACCCCAAAGUUCGUACCUUUCUCCAUCAAUCCGAUCUGCUCUCAUCGAACAUCUCUUUGCGAUCUCUCUCUCUCUCUCCCUCUGCUCGAAUUUACCAACGCUUCCAUCGCCUCAGGCUUUGUUAGAUUCGUCUUUCCUCUGAUUUCGUUUAAUUGCUCCGAGAAUUUAGAACUUUUAAUCCGUUUCGUAUAUUAUCGUGCUUUCUGUUUCUUUGUGUUUGGGUUUUUGUUUUCUCUGUGUUUCGUAACAAUGGAUGCAGGUAUGAACACAUCUUCGCACUUGAAGGCGCAGGCUCGGUUUCCACUUCAAGAACACUUUCUUCCCAGGAAAAAGUCGGAAAAUCUGGACAGAUUUAUACCAAACAGAUCAGCAAUGGAUUUCGAUUAUGCUCACUUCGCCCUCACCGAAGGAAGGAAAGGUCAAGAUCAAGCAGCAACGGUAAGCUCGCCAUCAAGAGAGGCCUACAGGAAGCAGCUCGCUGAGACGAUGAAUCUGAAUCGCACCAGGAUUCUCGCCUUCAGGAACAAACCUCAAGCUCCAGUCGAAUUGCUUCCCGUCGAGCACUCUGCUUCCCUUCACCAACAACCCAAAUCCGUUAAGCCUCGUCGAUACAUUCCUCAGACUUCUGAGAGAACCUUGGAUGCACCUGACAUUGUGGACGACUUCUACCUCAACUUGCUGGACUGGGGCAGUGCCAAUGUCCUAGCCAUUGCGUUGGGCCACACUGUUUAUCUGUGGGACGCUUCCAGUGGUUCCACGUCCGAGCUUGUGACCAUUGAUGAAGAGAAAGGACCCGUCACGAGUAUCAACUGGGCACCUGAUGGUCGUCAUGUUGCAGUUGGGCUCAACAACUCCGAAGUGCAACUGUGGGAUUCGGCAUCCAACCGUCAACUGAGGACGUUGAAAGGUGGCCACCAGUCAAGAGUAGGAGCAUUGGCAUGGAACAAUCACAUCCUGACAACGGGAGGAAUGGAUGGGCAGAUCGUCAACAACGACGUACGGGUCAGAUCUCACGUUGUGGAAACAUACAGUGGUCACAGUCAAGAGGUUUGUGGGCUCAAGUGGUCAGGAUCUGGACAGCAACUAGCAAGUGGUGGCAAUGAUAAUGUGGUACACAUAUGGGAUCGUUCGGUCGCCUCCUCAAACUCGACCACACAAUGGCUGCACAGGCUUGAGGAACAUACAUCUGCAGUUAAAGCCCUUGCCUGGUGCCCUUUCCAAGCGAAUUUGCUUGCAACUGGUGGUGGAGGAGGAGACAGGACGAUAAAGUUCUGGAACGCUCACACAGGAGCUUGCUUGAAUUCAUUAGACACUGGCUCCCAAGUUUGUUCUUUGUUGUGGAGCCAGAAUGAAAGAGAGUUGCUUAGCUCACACGGGUUUACACAGAAUCAGCUUACAUUGUGGAAGUACCCAUCUAUGGUGAAGAUGGCUGAGCUUAGUGGUCAUACAUCAAGAGUUCUCUAUAUGGCCCAGAGUCCAGAUGGUUGUACCGUAGCUUCAGCAGCAGGAGACGAGACUCUGAGAUUCUGGAAUGUUUUUGGAGUACCAGAGACCGCCAAAAAACCUGCUCCAAAAGCAGCUCAUGAGUCAUUUUCUCAUGUGAACCGUAUUCGCUGAAGAAACUGUGAAAGGCUAACAACAAGGGAAAGCCACUGAGAUUUAGUACAGAAGGAAACUAUUUUACCUUGUUACUUUUUUGGGUUUCAUUAUUCAUGAACUGUAUUGCCACCAAUUUCUAGUGUUGUGUGAUAAAUGGUUGUAUAGGUUUAUCUCCUCCUGCGUGAGGUAAUUUUGGAUCUCUGUCUGGAGAUUUUUUCUAUAUAAUACAAUCAGUUGAAAGAAGAAAAAAAAAAAACUGUAUUGCCAAGUAAAAGUGCACAUUGGGUUUGGGAAUUUUGAAUAAUGUGGAACUAUAACUUCA